AUGGCUCAGAUGCAACCUCAGGGCAUGCAGAUGCCCGACAUGUCCAACGCCAUCGUGGCCCAGGACGAGAUGGGCAGACCGUUCAUCAUCGUGAAAGAUCAGGGUACCAAGCAGAGACAGCACGGUCUGGAGGCCAAGAAGUCGCACAUCCUCGCGGCGCGCUCCGUGGCGUCCAUCAUCAAGACGUCCCUGGGGCCCCGCGGGCUCGACAAGAUCCUCAUCUCGCCGGACGGCGAGAUCACCAUCACCAACGAUGGCGCUACCAUUCUGUCGCAGAUGGAGCUCGACAACGAGAUCGCCAAGCUUCUGGUGCAGCUGUCCAAGUCGCAGGAUGACGAGGUCGGCGACGGCACAACCGGCGUGGUCGUGCUGGCCAGCGCGCUGCUCGACCAGGCCCUGGAGCUGAUUGAGAAGGGCAUUCACCCCAUCAAGAUCGCCAACGGCUUCGACGAGGCCGCCAAGGUCGCGGUGUCGCACCUGGACUCCCAGGCCGACGAUAUUGCCCACGACAGCGCCUCGUUCCACGACUACCUCUUCAAAGCGGCCAAGACCUCGCUGGGCUCCAAGAUUGUCUCUAAGGACCACGACAAAUUUGCACAAAUGGCCGUUGACGCCGUCACCAGCGUCAUGGACCUCGACAGAAAGGACGUCGACUUCGACCUCAUCAAGCUGGAGGGCCGCGUCGGCGGCGCGCUGCAGGACUCCAAGCUCAUCAAGGGCGUUGUGCUAGACAAGGACUUCUCCCACCCUCAGAUGCCUAAAACCGUCACUGCCAAGGAGGGCCACGAUGGCGUCAAGCUGGCCAUUCUCACCUGCCCCUUUGAGCCACCCAAGCCAAAGACCAAGCACAAGCUGGACAUUUCCACCGUGGAGGAGUACCAGAAACUUCAAUCUUACGAACAGGAUAAAUUUAAAGAGAUGAUCGAAUACGUCAAGAACGCCGGAGCCGACGUGGCCAUUUGCCAGUGGGGGUUUGACGACGAGGCCAACCACCUUUUGCUACAAAACGGCCUACCCGCCGUAAGAUGGGUUGGCGGCCAGGAACUUGAGCUGAUUGCGAUCGCCACCAAGGGCCGCAUCGUUCCCCGCUUCCAAGACCUGUCUCCAGAAAAACUCGGCACCUGCGGAAGAAUCCGCGAGGUUGAGUUCGGCACCACGAAGGACCGCAUGCUAGUCAUCGAAGAGUGCUCCAACUCCAAGACUGUCACAUGCUUCAUCAGAGGCUCUAACAAGAUGAUCGUCGACGAGGCCAAGAGAGCUUUGCACGAUUCCCUGUGUGUUGUUAGAAACCUUGUUAGAGACUCCAGAGUCGUAUACGGCGGUGGUGCGGCAGAGGUUACCAUGUCCGUUGCUGUUUCCGAAGAGGCUGACAAGCAGCACGGUAUUGACCAAUAUGCAUUCCGCGCCUUCUCUCAAGCGCUUGACACGAUACCCAUGCUCCUCGCCGAGAACUCAGGCCUGGAUCCAAUCGAAACUCUAGCCCUCUUGAAGAGCACUCAGAUAAAAAACAAGACUUCUACAACCGGCGUGGACUGUCUCGCCAACGACUCCAAUAACAUGAAGGAGCUGUUCGUCGUGGAUCCAUUGAUCGGCAAGAAACAGCAAAUCCUGCUGGCAACACAGCUUUGUAGGAUGAUCCUGAAAAUUGACAACGUCAUCAUUAGCGGCAAGGAUGAAUACUAG